AUUUUCCUUUUUACGACUUACUUGUCUGAACUGUCGAGUUCUUCUGUCAAGAUAUCCAUCAAUACACAAACAUGUCGUCCGCAACGAAAGUUUCGAGAAUCGGAGAAGAACUCUGGAAAACGAAGGUUGACAAGGUCAACGCGGAGCUGGUCACAUUGACGUAUGGAACGAUUGUUGCGCAACUAUGCCAGGACUACGAUAGCAAUUACCAUGAGGUGAAUAAGCAGUUGGAGAAGAUGGGCUACAAUAUCGGUAUGCGGCUUAUUGAGGACUUUCUGGCAAAGUCGAAUGCCGGUCGAUGUGCCAAUUUCCGAGAGACGGCAGACAUGAUAUCAAAGGUUGGGUUUAAGAUGUUCCUGAACAUUACGCCUACCGUAACAAACUGGACAAGCGACAACAACCAGUUCUCCCUCAUAUUCGAUGAGAACCCGCUAGCGGAUUUUGUCGAGCUACCUGACGACGGGCGAGCGCAGGAUGAACUGUGGUUUUCGAGCAUUCUAUGUGGCGUGCUCCGGGGUGCCCUGGAAAUGGUCCAAAUGCAAAUCGAAGCACACUUUGUUAGCGAUGUGCUACGAGGCGACGACACAACAGAAAUGCGAGUAUCGCUUGUGAGAUAUAUUGAGGACGAGAUGCCGCCAGAGGAGGACUGAACCUGUCGUUAGACAAACUAGGGCGUCCGGUGUUGGGGAUUUGGAUCUCUUCUACUUCUGAGGAGCUUAAAUAUGGAUACAUACUUUUCUCUGUUAAUAAAUAGCUGUCCCAUUAUUACCCUUUCUUCUACUCGCAUUUUUCGCAUUCACUCAUCAUCCUCCCGACUUUUCCCAGCCCCUUCCAGAGACUCAUCAAUUUGCCAAAUUAGAUACGUAUAGAUUCCUAUCCAUGGCGCUACAACAUAGCCCCAAUAUCCUUCAUUAUUGAAG